CGUUUCUUGUCGUUGAAAAUCCACGCUUCCUGCCUAUCCUCCUGCUCCUUGCGGCACUUCUCUCCGAACACGCUGCAUCGAGGCUGCGACCAACAUGUUGUUGACAGUGUGGCUUUCACCGCUCUUCCUCUUGGUCCAGGGCAUCGGUGCUGGUACCGAAAAGGCUCUGUUGUUCCAGAUAUGACCCUGGAUGCCAGCUAUCCGGGCGAACUUGUCCAACCCAUCUCCGAUGUCAUGCUGCGGGAGUCCA